AAAAGGGUCGUUCCCGCAUUUAUGUUAGUAACACCUGCUUUCUGAAUAAUGACGGCAGUAACUUUAAUUUAACACAACUAAACCCUCUUUUUUAUUUUAGUUUAUUUACUGUCUUUUGGGUCAAAAUAUUACCGGUUAUGGUUGUCAUAUUUACGUGAAUAUUCUCCCUUAUAAAUCUUCUCGACUAUUACUUCAUUUAGUUCUUAGGUACACAGAGAGUUUCUUUCAUAAAAACCAACACAACAGUUUUGAUUCAACAAAUUGUCUUCAACUUCUUCACGUUUAAUCACAUAAAAUGCACUUCAAUUAAUAUUUGGAAUUACGUAUCAAUGUUAUUCCUACAUUAUAUGACACCACUUUGUCACCACGCCUGUCUGAGACAGCUUACAGAUUUGCUUUAGUGAAUGGACGGAUACGAACCGAAGCGCGCGCACAUCUUGUUCCAAUCUUAAAAUUUGAAUUUCGAACAUACAUCGUUUAUCUUGUGGUAGAAUAAAACCUUUUUGGUAAAACAAUUUGUAUUAUUUUUUAAAGUUAGAUACAAUUUCCAGCCAGUGUUGUUCAUUUUAUUACAUUCUGUGAACCUUGGGGUGACAUUCCUGUUUCAUGUAAUUAAUCUGUGAGUACUUUUCGAUAAGUUUCUUUUUAUGUAAAAGUACUCUUAGUGGCCAGUGACAUUGUGAAGUUGUUACGUGUUUUUUUUAUUAAGAGAAGCAAUUAAAUUAUUAUAUUUAUUUUUUAAUUAUAAUAAAUAUAAAAAUUUAUUUCGAAAACUAAUCCAGGCUUAUAUUCCAUUCUUGUACAACGGACAGCGGAUACGAUGCGCCGCUGAUCCAGCCAGUAAUAGCGGUGGUCAUACAGCCUGAGACGGAGUCGGCAGCGAUGCUCGCCGUUUUGCCUUUGCGAUGGCUCGACAGAAUCAAACAUGGCGGACUCGCGAACCAGUUCUUCAUGGCUUUAAUGGUGACGAUACCGGUGUUAAACUUCGGCAUGCUGAUGGGAUGGCAGUCUCCAAUGACUCCUAUCCUUCAGGACCCUGGCGGCCCAGCACCGGAGCCAAUCACAGAUGACACUAUAUCCUGGAUGGCGUCUAUUACAUUCUUCCCGCCGAUUUUCUGUGGCUUUUUAGUGGGCGAUCUCGCUGAUAGAUGGGGUAGGAAGUUGACAACAUUGCUGACGUCACUCAUGCUUGUGAUUAGUUGGGUUAUAACCCUAUUCUCGCUACGGCCCUGGGCUCUGAUAGCGUCGCGAGCGGUCGCGGGAUUGGCGUGUGCUGGCUGUUACGUCGUCACUCCACUUUACUUGAAAGAGAUAGCGUCUGACAACGUGCGUGGUGCGUUGGGAUCUCUCUUCAUCCUGUCACAGAACCUGGGCUACCUGGUGGUCUAUGUUGCGGGAGAUGUACUGUCCUUUGCUGCAGUCAUGUGGCUGUGUACUGCUGUACCGGUGAUACAUAUGAUAGCAUUCUUAGCUAUGCCAGAAACACCCGUGUUUCUUGUCAAACAGGGAAAGUUUAAGGAAGCCAGAGCUACUUUAGCAUGGUUAAGAAAUACGAGCGUAGAAGAUAAGGAUUUAGAAGAAGCAGUACAACAGUUAGAGAGAGAAGAGGAAGUUGCUAAAUCUAUGAAGAAAGCAAGUUGGAAGAGUUUAGUGCAAAAUAAGACAACAUUCAAAGCAUUCCGAAUCUCACUAAACGUGAUGCUGUCACAAGAGACAUGCGGAUACCUCGUGGUGUUGAUGUACGCGGGAUCCAUUUUUGAACAGGCUUCGGAGUCCAUCAGUCUAAAACUGAGCCCCAACAAACAGACCAUUGUAGUGGGCGCUAUACAGCUACUAGGAUCGAUUGUAGCUAGCUGUAUUGUGGAGAAAACUGGAAGGAAGUGGCUGUUGGCAAGUACAUCAUUUGUGACUGGUCUAUCAAUGCUGGCGCUGGGCGGUUGGUUCUAUAUCACAUCGUUGUCGGUGUGGCUGCCGGGCUGGUUACCAGUGCUGGCGAUGUGUCUCUGCAUCUUCGCUGAUGCUGCUGGCUACCAACCAGUACCUUACGUGAUCACAUCUGAGCUGUUCUCUUUCCAGCAUCGUGGAAUGGUGACGUCAUUCGUCAGUAGCGUGGACGCCUUGAGUGACUUCCUCCAAACCAAAGCAUAUGACCCCCUUCUCAAAUUACUCGGCAUCCAUUGGGUGUUCAUUAUGUUCUCUAUGGUAUGCUUCCUUGGUACAUUCUACACCGUUCUGUACGUACCAGAGACAAAAGAUAGAACCAUAGAGGAGAUCUAUGCUAUUCUAGAAAGGAAAAAGGAGAAGAGGAAAGACCCGGAAGCAGGAAAGGAAACUAGUAGACUUUAAUAGACUUUUUUUUUUAAUUUAGAUUGACUGUGCCUUAACUCGAAGAUACUUAAUAAAUUAUAGAUUAAAUAAUGUAUUUUAAUUUAUAUUUAUGUUUACAGUAUUAAAUGAAACUAAUUUUAUCAAUUUUAUAGCAUACCUCCACUAAAAGGCUUUUUGAAUUACCCGAAUUAUUUGGGCUACUGUGAUAGUUUUUAAUAAAAUGCUAUAAAAUUCAUAAAAUUAAUUUCAAUUAUAUUUAACGUAUGAAAAAUAAACUAAAAUAUUUAAGAAUAAGAUCAUCAAGAAUGCAUUUUUUUCAUCAUUUCAUCAUUGCAUGAAUAAAGUCGUCCGAAAAGAUAUAGAAGGGGAUAAAUCGUCAUAAAAUUUAAAUUAUAAAAAGUUCCAGUGUGACUUUUUUAAUCUGUCAAAUUUUGACAGAUUCAUGUGAUAAUUAUUACGAAUUAUUACUAUUAAAAUUAAUGGUAUUAUUAGAUUUAAGUUAUG